AUGUUCGAGUGUCCGGAGAGUGGGGAAGAGAUGAGCCCCACUCACAAGAUAUCCUUCUCCAUCAUAGAUAUUCUCGACCCGCAAAAAUUUACAGGUAAAUCUCAGGCGCUUGGGCUGCAAGACAAGGGGCCAGAUGAAAACAGUGUACUUAACAGUACAGUACAGACCUUAAAGGAGACAGUAAAGCUAAGUGCUGAAAAGAACAGCAACCAAAUCAGCACCGAAUCUGAUGGAAGGGAACAACACAGACAUUCCAAUGCUAAUACUUCAAAAGAAUUUCCAGAAUCCCAUGGAAACCUUCAGCUAUAUCAAGAGGAUAAUAAUUCAACACAGCCUGAAUUCCACAAAGAUCACAAUGCCUCCACUGAGUUGGAAUCCAGGUCUGAUCAUAUUGCACCCAGGCAAAAACGUCGUCGAGCUGAACCAGGCUGUGCUAAACCAAGACGAGCUAGAACUGCAUUCACAUAUGAGCAACUAGUGGCUUUGGAGAAUAAAUUUCGCUCAACCCGCUAUCUAUCAGUAUGUGAACGCCUCAACCUUGCUUUGGCCCUCAGCCUUACAGAAACUCAGGUUAAAAUCUGGUUUCAGAACAGACGCACAAAGUGGAAAAAACAAAACCCUGGAGCAGAUAGCACAAUUCAGCCUGGACCAACUAGCUUGUCUGGAGUCAGUCCGAGUCCUCCUGGAACAAGUGUACUCAGCUUUCCAACUUUUCAGACUUAUGCUGCAGGGAACGUCAUUUGCCAGACGGCAACACCAGUCCCUUUAGUAUCAUCCUCUACAGGAUUGAUGUCUCCCUUCCUGAGUUCUACUUACUUGACACCAUUUUAUGCACCACAUUUGUGA